CUGGAACUGUCAAACGGCGCUUCUGUCCUGUCGCCCGCCGCAAAGUUUACCUUUCCGAACCGUUCAGUGUGCUCGUUCUCUGUUUCCGGCAUCUUGUGCUAUCGUUCAUACCGCAUUUAUUCUACUGCUUUGCGAAAAGUGGUGAAUUAAAAAGUCUCGGCUAGACCAACAAAAAGUACAUCGAUUGCAACAAUGCCAGAAUUGACUGAAAUCACGGAAAGCACUGCUGCGGCCGCGGCCACUUCUGCUGCCCCAAGCACCUCCGCCGACAACACAGAGGCCAAGCUGGAGGAUGCCCCAAGUGAUACCGAAUCGGAGGACACAAUCCCAGAGCUGGAAGAUGCAGGAACCGCUGCCCAGCUGUCGUCCGGCGGCAUGCCCGAUCUGGUCUCCAAGGCCAAGCAGUCCCGUGGCGAGAAGAAGGCCCGCAAGAUCAUGUCCAAGCUCGGCCUGAAGCCGGUGCAAGGCGUCAACCGAGUGACGAUCCGCAAAUCAAAGAACAUCCUGUUCGUGAUAAACAACCCAGACGUGUACAAGAACCCCCAUAGCGACACCUACAUCAUCUUCGGCGAGGCCAAGAUCGAAGAUCUGUCGCAGCAAGCCCAGGUGGCCGCUGCCGAGAAGUUCAAGGCCCCGGAAGCAACCCCCGCCGCUGGAGAAUCAUCUGGUGCUACCACCUCCGUUGCCCCGAUCGCCGAAGAGGACGAAGAAGAAGUGGACGACACCGGCCUCAACUCGAAGGACAUCGAGCUGGUCAUGCAGAACGCCAACGUACCCCGCGCCAAGGCCAUUCGGGCACUGAAGGACAACAAUUACGACGUCGUAAACGCGAUUAUGGAACUGACGAUGUAAGCAGGGACCUCGUACUGACGAUACUCCUGCUUAUCAUCUCUUGGUACGUGGUCCGUGGUUCUCAUUUCAACCCCCCCACUUCUUCUUCUUCUCCGCCUGCUCCCCGUUUCAUAAUAUACCUACUAGUAGUUUAAAAGAACAAUAUAAUCGUACAGUUAGACACUGAAAACAAGGAAACCACUUCGUUUGCUCUGAACUGCGCUUCGAAAGUUCAUCAAAGAAAAACAAAGACUCGGCUGCAGACAGUGCAUGUGCAACUGCUCGUCGUUAUUGCUUUUUUCUACUACUAUUGUAAUUGCUAUUACGGCUACCGCAACAUACACACACAUGCAUACUGAAACUAAGUCUAGAAAUUAUCAAAAAUACGUUAAAAAACGAAAAAAAUCAAUAAAACGCUAAAAAUUGGAAA